AUGAUAAUUAAUAUUAGUGAUUUAUUUUUAAGUUUGAUUGGAGGAAUAAUGAUAGGAGUCGGAUGUAGUAUACACUACGUCACAAAAGGAAGAAUAACUGGCAUAAGUGGAAUAUAUUAUGGUGUAAUAACAUUUAAUUGGGAGGAAUUUUUUUGGAAAUUAUCUAUUCUUAGUUCUAUAGUAUUUUCAACAGGAUUGAUGUACUAGAUUUUUGGGUAUUAAAUUAUAUAAAUAAUAGAGAUAAGAGCAUAAUGGAAGGUUCCUCAUUAGCAUUUAAUGAAAUAUCUAAAAUAACAAAUUUGUCUUAUACAAUAUCAGGGAUAAGUGGAUUAUUGAUAGGAUGUGGGGCUAAAUUAUGUAAUGGAUGCACUACAGGCCAUGGAUUUUGUGGUAUAGCAAGGAUAUCUAUUCGUUCAUUUGUAGCUUUUGGCUUGUUUAUAUUAUUUGGAGUUUUAAGUUGUUUAAUUACUAUGAGUGAAUAAAAGGAUGAAGGGAUAUAAAAAUAGAAUUACAAUUAUGUUUCAAUAAUAAUGAUUGGAUUAAGUUUGGUAUUAUUAUCAGGAGCUUUAUUAGGAGCGUAUUUAAAUAAUGAUUAAUUUAUUGAUACAAUAAUUGGAAUACCUGUUGGGUUAUUUUUAGGAAUAGGAGUUGUGUUUUCAGGUAUGAUUAAAAGGACAACAAUAUUGAGUUUUCUUUCUUUAUAAUAAUGGAAUCCACAAUUUUUAUUUGUGAUAUUAGGGGCAAAUAUAGUAUGUUAUUUUGGAUUUAGAUUAUUGAAUAAACCUAUUUUCGAAGUAGAAUUUUAAUAUCCUCCAACAAAUAAAGUUACAAAUGUACUUUUAGUAGGAGCUUCUCUAUUUGGAUUUGGAUGGGGAAUGACUGGAAUCUGUCCUUUAAUUGGUCUAGCUUUAUUUCCUUAAUUUACAUGGUAAAUAGGAUUAAUGUAUUUGGGAUCAGUUUCAAUGGGAAUGAGAAUCGCACAAUGUUAUUUGAAUAAAUACUAGAAGGUUGAAGAUCAGGUAAUUUAAUUCAACAAUAAAACCGACAAUGAACAAAAUGAUCGGUUUUGA